AUGUUGACGUCAGCGAUUGUCCUCGAGAAGAUCACGCUUGUCUAUUCGAAUAGAUACGAAAUCCGACAGAACUGGGAAGAUAGUCUUGCCGAGCAUCGGAAGAUCCAGAAGACAUUUUUCACUACGUCAAUUAAACGUCGACAAAAGAUAAGAGAAACAUAUAUAUUAUAUUGGAGAAUACAACGGACGAUUCCAGCCUUAUUUUCUCUUGUAUCAAUUACAUUCUCUGAUAUCAGAUUUCAUUCCACAAUCGGUAAAAUGAGUGCAGUACCAAAAACUGACAAUAAUACAGCUGAACAAUCACCAAAUUCAAUGUCGGCCGAGGAUGACAUGAAGAUGUUCCAAGCCGCACGGCGAACAGGUCGACGAAAUGCUCUGGGCGAUUUCAGUGAUCAGCUUUCCCAAGUUAGUGUUACGAAUUCUACUUCUGAUGUGGAUAACAUUGCACCGCGACUGAAAUCCAUGUCGAUCCAACACUAA